AUGAUACCCAUAUACACCCUUAACUCUAAAUUAUCUUACCAAAAAAACAACAGUAUUUCUACUUCAACAUUUCCAAAAAUUGCUCUUGAUGCUAUUAUUGAUGUUAAAUGCUUACCAACUGGAUUUAAUACAACACAUCCGCCUUUACCAAAUAAUUGUGACUUAUGCAAUAAACCACUUAUUGAAAAUAAUCAUAUGAAGUAUUAA